AUGAAAUGUAUCACAGUCACGGACUACAUUCCAACACUAGAAAUGUUUACUAAAAUCUUAACUUUCGCUGCGGCGAUAGCUAUCGCACAAGCUGGGCUUCUGCGGGGUAACCAUGGAGGUUAUGCAGCACCGUACGGUAGUUCCCAAUACGCACAAUCUGCUCCUCUUUCCCUUACCGGUGGACUUAAUCAAGGAAUUCCUUCUGGAUAUUCUGCCACAAUAGCUCAUGUAGCACCGAUAGCCCAAGCGGUUCCCGCUGCACAUGGUGCUCUUUCAGCGUACGGCGGUCAUGCUAACCCUCUGGCCCAGGCUACUCCUUUGGGCUAUGCAUCGCAACUUUCCCAUGGUACACAACUAUCCUAUGGCACUCCCAUAGCCCACAGCGCUCCUCUGGCAUAUUCUGGUGCUUUAGCAUAUGGAAAUAGAGCGUCGUUAGCUUACAGUGGAGCCAAUGCUCCCGGUCACAUUGGAGGUUAUUCUGGAUAUGGAAACCAAGGAACCUACAAUGACUACUACUCCCCACCUAAGUACCAGUUCUCCUACUCCGUGGAGGACCCACAUACCGGUGACCACAAAGCCCAACAAGAGAGCCGCGACGGUAACAUCGUGAAAGGCGAAUACUCGCUCUUACAACCUGACGGCUCUUUCAGGAAGGUCCAUUACUCCGCCGACGACCGCAACGGG